ACUGCCUGAGUCGGGUAGCCGAAACAAUUUUUUUCUUCUACGGACCACACAUUACUUCGACCUUUCUGUUAUUUUCCUUUUAAUAUGAUAAUUUAUGAUAAUUCACUUGCUUAGAUGAGUAGACAAUCAGCAUUGUCAUAUUGAUAAUGUGUGCUCUGUAUAGUUAGUCAUUCUUUAAGUGUAGGGAGUGCAUACACUGCCACUUACACAAACACAUACACAAACAUGAGGUGUAAUAAUUAUUUUUCUGACAUUAGGAGUGUUAACAUUACAGUUUGCCACAAGUUUUUCUCAAAAUGUUUUAACUAAAUAUCUACACCAUGCCUGUAAGGGUGACGGGGAACAACUCUACGGCUAUCAGCACUGAAAAAAAAAUCUCUUUUACUUAAAUACACAAAAUUUCAAGACUCAUAUUCAGGGUUUAAAAAGUGACUGAAAAAUAAUAGGUUCCAAGAGGAGAGAACUGCUGCAUUUCAUUCUCUCAGCUAUUAUUCCUAGAGUUACUUCUCUUGAAAGAUAUUCCUUGUUGAAACAAAGAAGCCGGGAUGAGCUACCUCUAGUGUGCAGACGACAUACAGACGGUUCGCCAAGACACAACUAAAAAUGGCCGGCGUCCUCGUCUCCCUCACAAGCGGUUUACCCCGCGUUUAUUAUCUGCCUUCAGUUUUACUACACUACCUCAUCAUUGUGUCCUGCUGCUGCCUGUAUGCUGCUUCAGCUCAAGACAGCAAGAUGAAGUGUACAUCAAUGUCUGUGGCGCCUCUUGAGGACACUACUCUGACAUGUCAUUUCCCCGAGGACCUCAGUGUCACCAAGAAGGAUUUCACGGUCUACCAUUAUGUCAAGGGUGGCUCUCCAGAUGCUGUUGUGGACUGUUGGUGGGUCCGUGGCGAAGUAGGCUGUGCGGUAAAGAAAGGCUUUGAGUACAACAAGGUUGUAACGACAAACCUGACAGUUACACUGAAAGGUGUUACACCAGCAAUCACCGGCACAUACGCUUGUCAAGUGGCUGGCUAUGGACCUGAGUCUUUAGAAACUUGCGAGAUUAAACUCGAUAAAUCAUGCAAUAUUAUAUAUGAGAGAUCUGGCCGUGGAGCGAAUAUCACAUGUUUCUUUGACGAAGACAUUAAAGCAACAAGAAGGAACUUUUCUGUAUACAAACACAGUGACCUAGAAAAGCAAGGAAAGCAAGCUGUAGCGAAAUGCUAUUGGAAGGAGAGACAGCCACAAUGUUGGGUCGAAAAUGGCUACAUCUUUGACCGUUCUCUGUGGAUACCGGAAGUGACGAGCGACAAAGAGGGAAAUUACUCUUGUUGGCAUGUCGGCUCUAACACCGAACAGCAUGAACCGUGUUUGCUCUCCGGCGCUGUCAAAAACUCGUUAAUGGAGGACACGGACCGUCAUGCUGAUCAGCAAGGCAACCCAAGUUUAGCUAUUGGACUCUCAGUGACAAUCGUGGUCUUACUAACGGCUGCUAUCGUCGUCUCGCUGAGAUAUAGAAAAAAAGUUUUGUCUUUGUUUUGUCCCCGGAGACCCAAUGAUCAGGAACCACCUGUAAAAGAGAGACAUACAUCGAUGAGAAAGAGUGUUGUUGACUACGAGAUGACUACAAAGAUGUUUCAAGAAUACCUGGAAAAGGAAAUACAAGCAAUGUUUCCAAAAAUAUUAGACACCUUCUACUUCGUGCCUCCAGUCUACUUCAACAAAACUAGUUUUAAUACACAACUUGUGGCUGGUCAAGCAGUGUAUGUUCCUGACCCAGCUGACCCUUAUGAUGUUCGACACGACCAAGCUAUGCAACAUGUCUUGAACUGUUUACAUCACAUGGCGAAACAAUAUCAAGAAAACAUGUUUGUCCUCACGCAGUUCAAGUACGAUGACUACUUAAAUAACAUCGGCAACGAGUUUAGGAAACACAGGUUGCCCGUUCCUGCAGGUUUCACUAAAGAAAACCAAAAUAUCCAAUGCUUCGAUCUCAUGGUCGUCCAUCGCCAGUAUGGUGUGUUGGUUGGUGUGGUCAAGGCUGUCGGUGAGAAUGUAAGCGAAUCACUCAAUGAUCUGAUUGUAAACGAAGUGACUGAAGCUGUUCAUGAACUAAAGAAGGGAGCUGACAUGAUAAAACAUCUUAUGUCAGAUCAAGAACAAUUUCCCACAGUUCGCCAGAUAUUGAUACUACCCAACAUGGCCAGAACAACACUCAAGCGUGCUCUCGACAAUCACCCAGGUCUGGUUGAGGUCAUGCGUGAGUGUUUGGGUACGAAUGCAGUGAGAGACCCCACUGAACUCUGUCUUUGUGCUGAGGAUGUGGCAGAUGAACAGUCACUUCAGGAUCCCCGUAUACUCAGUGGUGUGACCAGCAGAUUGCGCCAUUCUUUGCUACUGGCAGAUAGCACCACGAAAGAUAAUGUCCCUAUGACUGAUGAAUUAUAUCUCAGAGUAUUAUCCAGGUUUUGCGGACCGGCAACACAAUCAGCCCUAGAAGGGCAAUGUCAGAGCAUCUCUCUGCCCAAGACUCGAAUCGAAGCCAUUUCCACGACAGGAGACUUGUAUCAACGUGUGAUGCUGUAUCCAGAAAUGUUAGCUUUACUUACAGAAGAAAAGCUGUUUCUUGUUGGUCCACCGAACACAGGUAAAACACGGCUGUUGACCCUGGCUGGAAAAACCUGGCGGGCAAGAGGUCACGACCUUUAUGUUGUCAGUGGGCCCUCUGGAUCACGUGACUCGGCGGUGUGGACCUUCCUCAACCAGUCGACACAAAAUGUUGAAGGGGCACAAGCCGACAUUGCUGCUCCUGGCUCUGUCUUGAAAAUUAACUGCAAUUUCAAUAAAAAGAAGGAGAUGGAAGAUACGCUUAAACAUCUAAUCAAAAAGAGAGGGGAGAAUGUUCUUUGUGUGCUUGCCGACGAUGCAGACAGUAUGGGCACCCAUUUCAGACAGUUCUGCAAGGAUCUAAGCAGCCAGUGUCCAGGUCUUCCCUUGUGGAUCACAAGCAGCUCUCAGAAGAAUGUACCUGAAGGUUGGAAGGUAGAGACCUUUACUCGGGCCAUCAACUGUCCGCCUGCAGUAGUCAGAGAAGCCGCACGUGCAGGAGCCAACUUUGUUGUUCCUUCUUGUCGAGACCAAACACCUUUCUGCCUGUCUCCUACAGACGGCCCGGAAGUUGAAUACAUCUACCACAGAAAGGGGCGGGCAUUGACUAUCCAUAACUGUACUGAGUGUGGGCAGAUGGUGGCUGACUUUCUCCUUAAGAAUUUCAUUUCUAGGAAAGAUACCAGUAUGGCUACAGACGAGGAGACUAUGUCAGCAAGCACCCCCUUUAUGUCAGGUGAGGAGGAGUCUGCGACCUUAAAGAGAUCCGUCCUUACAUGCAAAGACCUGCUGGUCCUGUAUGAAGACAGAAGACAACAGCUGAUUGACGGACUGAAAUUAUCGGGUAUCCAAGUACGCACUUUACAGGCAGAAGCAAGAAAUGAAGCAUUUGAUGAGAAAAUGGACUGUGCAUGUGUCCUGCACAUUGAUCAGCUGACAACCUACAGACCCCGCAGAAAGAUUGUGGUGUACGUGGAAGACAAAAACAGCCCUCGGGAUCCUCCCAAGAAAUGGCGGGGGAUCACAAGCUGCACAUCACAGUUGAUUGUAAUGAAAUGGAAUCCGUAAUAACAAAUUUUAGUUUGUUUUCUGCUUCUUUUUCACUUCCUUUUUUUUUUAAAGCUGUUUGUGUGUUUACAUUCCAGAUGAUGAUGAUGAGUAGGAAUUUAUAAAGCACUAUAUCUCAGCAAAGAGCGGACACAUUUUUUCUGAACAAAUGACAACAAAAUUUAACAAAAAUGGAGAACAAAGAACAACCUGAGAACUCGCUGCACUCCAGCAGCAAAGAUAUAAUUCAAUAAGAUAUAAUUCAGUUACUUUUUCCACAUACAAUAUAUGUUUAUCAAAAUCGUUUUUUCUCCUGUUGCGCGGUUGUCUCCACUUCCUAUAUGGAACAGAUCCCCUUUCGUUCGUGUAGCUCAGUGUCAACUGUUUUCUCCCCUAACCAAGUAUAUUUUCAAAGAAUGAGUGUUCUUCUAGUGGCGCAAAUAGAGAAUUUAUCCAACUGUUUUCCUGUUGACACCGUUCAGUUCAUAAUUAGGUUCAUUGUACCAGGAGUACACACAUUUGAAUAUUAGUAAAAACACUGAGCUUUAAAGGUUCUCGCACGGCUCAGGAAAAUUCUGUCUAAUAUUUUUCUGUCCCUUCAGUCUGUUGUCCUACUGUCAAUUUCCCAGCUAAGAUUUAUUAUCAGCUGAUAAUAAAUUCUUAUUGCAGAUAAAGCUAUACAUGAGGUUCAUUCUCAUCAGUUGUCAGAUUUUUAUCAGUGAAAUAGCAUGGGUUAUUGCGACUUGUUAAAAAUGAUUUUCUUCAAUGUCUAGAAGUAUCAUAUCACCUAUGUUAGUGUACACAAUACGGACACAAGUCUAUGUAAAUUUUAGUCUUGGUUUUCUACAACUGUAUUUUUCCAGUUAAAUUUAAAGUGAUUUGUGUUUUCAAAACUGCCAAAGCAAUUUGUAUCUGCUGUGUAUAAGAUUUUACCUUGUAAGCUCAGACCAUAUGGAUGCUCUAGUUUUUGAGAAUUGAGAUCUUAAAUGGCUUUUAUCAGUUUACUUUACUUAUUUAUUUGUCUUCAUCCACUAACAAAACCUCUCCACAAUUUUUUUGAGGUUUGCUAAGAAAUGUUACCACGUAGCAUUUUAUGACCAAUCAUGUACAGUGGGCAUGUGAUGAAAGUUAGUCACAAAAUGUUUAAGUCAGUUGUUUUCAAAUAUUACUUAUUUUCCCGUUUUGCUUUUUUAUAUAAAUCGAUAUACUACAGUAAGAUAAUCCAAUAUUUCCCCAAAGAGUAUGCAUUUAAUGUUUACACUUUUAUAUUUAAGUACAUUUUUUUCAGUGUUUUCUUACUGACACGUGUGAACUGCAUUUAUAUGGCAUAUGCAUCAUCUACAUUUCUUUCUAUUUCAAGCAACAAUCAACAUUCAUUUCUCUUCCUUUCGCUCAGCCUCUAAUUUUGAUGUCAGUUAAUCAACCAAUCAACAAAGUAUAAGGGCAAUCAUUUUAUUUAUACAGAAAUGUAUAAACAAAUUGAAAAAGUGUGUGAAUAAAAAGCUGGGCAAAACUCAGAGAGAAAAA